AUGACAGACGUGUGCAUCGUCUGCCUGGGCGACCUGCGCCUUCGCCCCGAGGACCCCGAUGCCGACACAGACACCAAACCCAUCAAGACCGAGAUCGAGAUUCCUGCGCCGCUUCCUGUGCUCUCCUCUGAACAAAGUAAGCAUGCCAUAGAUGAGGAAGUUAUCGCCCAUCUUCUUCCCUGCAGACAUAACCUGCAUGAUUCAUGCUUGCGUCCUUGGGUCGAACGAGCCAACAGUUGCCCCAUAUGUCGCGCAAGCUUCAACCUGGUCGAACUUCGCAACUUCCUCGAUGGUCCCGCUCAUGCUUCGUACAUUGUCGAGGAGAAACAACAACAAGCUGAAGUCGACCCCACCUUGAUCAUUGACGAUGCCUUGUUCGACGAAGAAGCCCCAUGCCUCGUUUGUGGUAAUAUCGACAGCUCGCAUGCAACCAUGUAUUGCGACGGAUGCGAUGGCACCGUCCACAUCUUCUGCGCUGGCUAUAGUGACGCCACCGCUCCAGACGUCUGGUACUGCGAGGCUUGUCAUCGCGAGCUAGGCACCAACACUGCUGGCCGUAGAGCCACCACACGGGCCCGUAAUCCAAGGCCGAGAAGAGCAGGAGGUAGACGGCCUGGUACAGAAGCAUGGGAUAGGGUAUGGGCAAGUGUCUGGCGUCGCUUGAACCUGGACCUUGACUUUCCCCAUGAAGAUGAAGAUCUUACAACCAUUCAUCGUACUCCAGCUCAACGACGAGAGCUUGCAGCCUGGACUCGUAGACUCCAAGUCGCGAAUCGUCAAGGUGCAGCAAACCGCUUUAGGGAUACCGCUUCUACCCUGCUGGAUCGGAGAAACCUUGCUGCUGCUCACUCGCCAGAAUCACAAGAAGAGCUCCGCGCAUGGAAUGCACUUGACAAGGCCCGCGCACUUGACCCAGAAGCACAGCGACCACCCAGCAGAAAACGCAAAUCCGCGACUGCCUCUCCUGCCUCUCCUCGAGACAAUGCAGCAGAUCGCGAACAAGCUGAGCCACCACGCAAACUCAAACGUCCCAGGACCAGAAGAAACAUGACGCUCCCGACACUUGCAGAACCAGGACCAUCAACGGUCGAGGUCCCUGUACGCCAGAUACAGAGACCCACCGAAGGACCAAGCUUCCUCACUCAACUCCUUCAAGAAGUAGAGAAACAGCCUGCACCUGAAGAAGCUGGCUCACCAGAUGCUGAAGCCAAUUCUGGUGACGAGCAGCCCGGACCAUCCAACCUAGCAUCUCCUGGCGCAUCUCCCAUUCACUCGGGCCAGGUCUCUCCUCGCGCAUUGUCCGUCACACCUCCACCGCAGUUCGCACGUCCGAGACCGACCUCACCUAUGCCUCUCACGUCUAUUGUUCGGCCUCUUGCUUCGCCUACUUUUUCUCCCAACACCAAUGGCAAGGACGAGCGGGGCAGGUCACGCCGACAUACCCAGCAACAGGUCAGCAGCCCGCCGAGAGAUAUCUCGCCUGGCUCCCCAUCGCGCAAUAUGUCCUAUUCAACCAAAACUGAGAUUCAGCGCAUGGUCAAAGCCGUCCUCGGUCCUCGUUAUCGUGGAGGUGAAAUAAACAAGGAUCAGUACACCGACAUCAACCGAGAUGUGUCUCGCAUGCUCUACGAUAAGGUCGGUGAUGCUGAAGGUUUGGCCAACCAAGAUGGUCGCGAAAAGUGGCAGGAAGUGGCUUCAGCUGAAGUCGAACGAGCAGUGCAGACCAUCCUCUCACAGGAGCAGAACUCAGAAACGUUUUCACAGGAGGUUUAG